UUUUUUUUUUUUUGCUCGGCUAGCCAAUCCACAGCUACACUGUACCAACAAAAAUGACGCAAUUUAAAAUAGAUUCAGGAAUUUAAACGCAACCUCCUAGGGUUUUAUUUCUAUUGACGAGAAAGCUGGAUUUCGUCUCGCUUUUAGAAAUAUCGGACUAUAAAAUAUUUCAGAUUGAAACAGUUGUAGGCAGCUUCCAGCGUUGCUCGAAGGAAUGAAAAGAAUUGGAGGUAGCGAUGCUCGCAUAGAAGCGGCAGCAAUAGCAACGAUUUGAUCUUCCUAAGGAAUUUCAGCCGGCGAGCAGAUGGGCACCUCAGAUUCCAAAUUUUUGCGUAGUCAAGCGGUUGACGAGAUAACCACCGUCUCAGAGAGGGUAGAAGCAAUCGACCCCCUAUUAGAGAGACUGAGGUCCCUGAAAAUUACCACGCCGAUUCUCAAAACCCCACCGACGGAGAGUAGCCUGACGGACAUUCUUGUAAGAAAGCCUUCUUCAUCUUCCAAUCCAGGUGCUCUGGAUCCCAAAGCUCUGCUGGAGCUUUUCACAGUUUACUAUAAUUGGCAAGAAGACAAAGCUAAAAAAAUUAGUGAAAAACAGGAAGAGUUGGAAAGCAAAAUUGAGAUUGCAGAUGCAUUGGCCAUCAAACUCUUACAGAGGUUCAAUUAUUCAUUAUCAGCUAUGAGGACAACUGCACAACACUUAUCAAAUGUGCACCAGUUGCAAGUAGAGGUUGGUGAGCUGAAAGGAAGGCUAACUGAAGUGUUAAGCAACUGUGAUGCUUUGUGUAAGCGUAUUAAUGUAGAAGGGCCUGAGUCACUGAGAUCAACUCUGAAGCCUUUCUCUACUGGUAGAAAGCAGAUUGAUUGUCACUUUUCUUCAGAAAUGGUUCCAGAAGGUUCUUCCAAAUGAGUUAUAUUGUACAAAGUGUGUUACUGAUGAGCUUAUGAAUCUCACUUUUGUGGGUAUUUUUGAAAAAUGUGAUUGAUUUUCACAGGAAAGUUACAUGAGAAAACAAAUCAUUCAUGGGCUAUGAGAAUUUA